AUGCAAUCGAUAAAGAUCUUGCAAUCGGAGACAAACCCGCCGUCAAACUGCGCCGGUGAAAGUGGAGAUCUCCCAGGGAAAUUCUCAAUUCCAAGCAAAUCUAGCAAUCCACCCUCGUAUACUCUCAGAGGUGACAUCGCGGCCUCAUUGAAAAUGCUGUACGAACUGAUAGCUGUGGUGAGUCCCUUGAGCUUUGUGCUCCUCGAAUUCGAAGGCAAGAUUCAGCUGACGUAUAACAGGUCCGGCCGGGCAACCUCAAUCAUGUCAAAGAGUAUGCUUGCUCUCCCAGCUUCUUUGCACAAGUGGAAUCACUCGCUAACACACUUUGACUCUGCGCACAGAAUCGCCCGCGUCGCCGGCCAACAGAUUCUGGCCUCCAACGGUGUGAUACGCGGCAUGAAGAACUGGGGCCAGUUCGACCUCCCCCGACCGACCACGAAACAUCAAACUCAACAUCGGCAGGGCCAUUACUUCGUGAUGCAGUUUGACGCGUCGGUCAAGGCCCAGCAGGAUGUCCGACGAUUUUUGAGUCUUGAUCCACGAAUGAUCCGGUUCAGUGUCAUUAAGAUCGGCGACAAACUGGGCGGCAUCAAUGGUGCUAUUGAAGAGGUAGACGGAGAAAUACCUUGGAACUCGGGCACCCAAGUCAGAAAUCCAUUUACGGACCCUCGAACAACAAGGACAGGACCUCUAAGAUAG